GUGUGAAGGCUGAUCUGGCAGCAGGGUGGAUGAAGCAGUGCAGCUGGGAGCAGAGCAUGGCCAACACCUUUGUCACCGUCCCGGACGGGUACGGCCUCCCCGAGCCCAUCCAGUACUAUGAUGUUUUGCCAGAGCACAUCAAUUACCAGCUGCAGGAUGCGGAUUUCCAGGCUGGCCCGUACUGCCAGUACCCCACGGUGCCCGUGCCCGCCCUGCAGCCCCCGCCUGCCCCCGGCCCCUACGGCCCCUUCGGCCUGGAGCCGCCGUUCGCCGACGGGCCCUGCGUGGGCAGCAGCUGCGAGCUCAGCAGGGGCCCCUUCGCGGCUGCCGGCGAGGACGGGGCGCUGCAGGGGCUGAAGAGGCCGCGGCUGAGCCCCGGGAGGCUGAGGGGGCAGGAGGAGCUGUGCGUGGUGUGCGGGGACAAGGCCUCCGGCUACCACUACAACGCGCUCACCUGCGAGGGCUGCAAAGGGUUCUUCCGACGCAGCAUCACCAAGAACGCCGUGUACCGCUGCAAGAGCGGGGGGCACUGCGAGAUGGACAUGUACAUGAGGAGGAAGUGCCAGGAGUGCCGCCUCAAGAAGUGCAGAGCUGUGGGGAUGCUGGCUGAAUGUUUGCUGACUGAAGUCCAGUGCAAGUCAAAGCGACUCAGGAAGAAUUUCAAGCAGAAGAGCAGUUUCCUUUGCAACAUAAAGCUGGAAGAUGAGGGACUGAAUAGUAAGCAAGUAUCAUCUACAACAAGAUCUGGAAAAAUCCCAGAGAAGAUGGAACUUACUCCAGGAGAACAUCAGCUUCUUGACCACAUUGUAGCAGCACACCAAAAAUACACAAUUCCCCUUGAGGAAGCCAAGAAGUUUCUACAGGAAACUGCAAGUCCUGAGGAGAGUUUUCUCCACCUGUCUGAGACUGCUGUUGUCCAUGUCCAGGUGUUGGUGGAUUUCACAAAAAGACUCCCAGGGUUUGAGAGUUUAGCCAGUGAGGACCAGAUUGCUCUGCUGAAAGGGUCCACAGUGGAGGCGAUGUUCUUGAGAUCAGCCCAAAUUUACAACCAAAGAAUGAGUGAGUGCCAGCCAUCAACCAGUGAAAGUCAUGUAAGACUUUCUGAUCACGGGAUAUGUUGCCAUGUUCAAAACCUUGAUAAAAACAGUAUUUAUUCCAUGGAAAUGUGUCAUAAUAAAGAGAGGCCAACUUCUACAACUACCACAGGCAUAACUGAGGAGUUCAUCACCGCCCUGUUCUACUUCUACAGAACCAUGGGGGAACUCCAAGUGACCGAGACCGAAUACGCUCUGCUCGUAGCAACAACAGUGUUCUUUUCAGACCGCCCGCUGCUGAGGGACAAGCGCCACGUGGAGGAGCUGCAGGAGCCGCUGCUGGGGAUCCUGUACAAGCACUCGAAGCUGCAGCACCCGCGGGACCCGCAGCGCUUCGCGCGGCUGCUGGGCCGCCUCACGGAGCUGCGCUCGCUCCGCCACGCCCACGCGGGGGCGCUGCGCGCGCGGGACCCGCGCCUGGCCGCGCCCCUGCGCGACCUCUGGGACCUGCACUAGGGGGCGCCAGCGCC